UAAAGCCCAGUCAGCCAAAAGCCACUCAGACCGCAGUGGUAUCUGCUGGAGGCUUUGUAGAGGUCAGCUGCAGAACAACUGGUUGCAGACCUGCUGCUAAUAUUUCCUGGUUAUAUCAGGGGUAUACAACAAAAGGCAAAGUUAAUGCUACACUCAAUGCUGCAAAAGAAACAUAUACAGUUGAUUCAUUUUUUCGAAGACAGGUGACUGCUGCAGAUAAUGGGCAUAAUGUACAAUGCGUAAUUACUCAUCCAGCACUUGUUAAUCAAGCAGAGGGAAUUGCAUCAGUUAAUCUUAACGUUAGGUUUAAACCUCUUACAGCAACAAUAACAGGAAACAGAAAUAUCAUUGCUAAUGGAAAAAAAACAUUAACACUGGUAUGUACAUCUGGAAGCUCUAACCCGAUAUCUGACAUCACAUGGAGAAUAAACAGUGUCAUCACACCAAGUAACGGAAAUCUGUCUGACCAGAGUGGGGAAUAUGGUGGAAUGAAACGUCGGCAGAUACUCAAAUUGGCCCCAACCCGUGACAAUGAUAAUGAUAGUAUUUCAUGUCAAGCUUACAAUAAUGCAGGGACAUCUGAAAUGUCUGAAGUGACACUGGAUUUAAAAUACCGUCCAUUGAUUGAGAACAUGCCAGAAAUUAUAGUUGUUGAAGGAAACAGCAGUGUACUUACAUGUGUUGCUUCAAGUAAACCAGCAUCUACAUUCAGAUGGUUCCGAGAACAGAGUACAUUUCUCGAUCAGGGAAAUGGAACACUUGGAAAUAACAAGUUUUCAUACACAAUAAAUAAUGUGAGGAGAACUGAUGCUGCAACAUACAGAUGUAAUGCAAACAAUAGAGUUGAACUAGAAGAUAACAAAAAUGUUCGUCUUAAAGUAUAUUAUCCCCCAGAUGUCACAGCAAUAGCAGACAAUACCACCGUCAAAGCUACAACUGCUUCGAUACUUUGUAAUGCUAAAGGGGUGCCAAGCACUAACUAUAUGUACGGUAAAUGGAUACAGACAUGGGCUGGAUAUAAUGUUCCUGUAUCAGAGAAACCUGAAAGUGAGAGACUUGUGUUAAAAAACCUGACAUAUGAACACUCUGGAGUUUACACUUGUUCUGCAAGUAAUGGAAUUAAAGUAUUUGGUACAAACAAAGAAUUUAUGGAAGGAUCCGUUCUGUUAGUAGUAAAAUCAUUCCCAGUAAUAACAAAUGUAAGUGAGAAAACACCAGCCAAAUUUAAAGAAAAUGCUUCUUUAGAAGUUUACUAUUACUCAAAUGUAGCAGGAUCUGAAGUGAAAAUCUACAGGAAUGUGAAUGGGUCUAAACAAGAAAGAAUUAUCUACAAUGCAUCAGAGACUCGUGUAGAAGUCAGUUUACCUGUGUUUGCACAUACCGUCAGAACUCGUGGAACUAAAGCACAAAUUUUGAUUCAGAUACUGUCACAGGACGACUUUGGAUCCUAUGAUGUUGUUGUUGCAAAUGAAAUAGGUUCUAGCACUCGAUCAUUUGAAAUAGUUCCAAAAGGUCCUCCUAGCAUGCCAAAUAAUCUCACAGUAGACAGUAUUCAGUAUAACAAAGCACAUCUGUCAUGGAUACGGGGAUAUCAUGGAGGGCUUGCACAGACUUUUGUAAUACAGCUUAGUACUGACCUGAACAUUUGGAACAAUAUAACAGUCUAUGGCGGGCUGAACAAGAGUUUAGAACCUAUUUCUGAAGUUCUGCCGGGUCUUCAUGAUUCAACAACGUACUAUAUAAGAAUGUUUGCUUUUAACAAUGAAGGGAGUAGCCCAUUUACAGAGAUACUUAAUUACACCACACCUUCAGUGCCAGAGGAGGACAAGCCCAGUGUAUUGGGAGCUGUAAUUGGCGCUACUGCGGGUGGAAUUUCAGCACUUAUAAUAAUAUCAGUAGUAUUUGUUGUACUUAAACGCAGGGGUGUCUUUGCAAAAG